GCACAGUCGACGGCGCCUUUGGAUACCACGCCUCCGACCUUGCUGCGUGAUCGUCUGGUCCGCAUCACUCGCCCCGCGCGCAACGUGAUGCAGUCGGGUGACUACAAGCUCGACACUUGGGUCAUCAGCUGGGACACGCAGGAGCGCUGGGUCAACCCUCUGAUGGGUUGGGCCUCGACGGCUGAUCCCAUGUCCAACGUUGAUGUCAAGUUUGAUACCAAGGAGGAGGCCAUCCGCUUCUGCGAGCAGAAGGGCUGGACCUUUUAUGUGCACGAGCCUUAUGUCAAGAAGAAAUUCCGCAAGGUCAGUAACUAUGGCAACAACUUUAGCUGGGACAAGCGCACACGCAAGAACACCAAGUAA